UCGGACUUUGGAUUUGGGGAUUUUUUAUAGAUUUGCUUCUGAAAUAUUGGCAUGGAUGGAAAAAAGGCACCGGUUCUUGGUACAAGAGUUACAGCUACGAUUUGCUUAUGUCUUUACUGUUCGUCAUAUCCGAAGUGAUCUUCGUACUAAAGAUAACUGGAAUUCUAGGUGGCCCAACAAACCGUCAACAAAUGUCGGGUUAUGAUCCAGUUCUUGUAGGCGAUGCUAUUUAUGCAAUCGCGUCAAUUAUGGCUUUCUGUCGAUUGAUAAUAUGGUGCAAAUUAAGCUGCCACCUUGGACCAUUAACUGUAUCAUUUAGACAUAUGCUUGGCGACGUACUUCGCUUCUUUGUACUCUUCAAUAUAGUCGUGAUGGCAUUCUCUUUUGGAAUAAAUUCUAUGUAUAAGUAUUACCAAAAUUCGAAUCUUUGUUCCAGAGAUGAAUAUGUUGUUCAUCAUGAUAACCAGUUUCAAACGCUUUUCAAAACUUCUAACAAUUUGUUUUGGGCAAUAUUUGGGAAAGGUGAACCUCAUUUUGCGAGUAUACACAACUGUCGUAACAUGACUUCCGGUGGCUCUCUAGUUGAUGAAGUCAUGGUAGAUGAGAACAAGCAUUACUUCACUGAAGCUAUAGGUUACGGAAUGUGGGGAAUGUACCACUUCAUUGCCUGCUUAGUUCUGCUAAAUAUGCUAAUAGGUAUGAUGGCUGAAAGUUAUCAACGAGUACAGGAAAAUGCAGAUAUGGAAUGGAAGUUUGCUUGCUCAACGCUUUGGCUGAGUGUUUUCGAUGGAUAUUAUUUAGUGCCUCCACCGUUCAACCUCCUACCUUCAAUUCAAUGGUUUAUGACUCAGUACAAAAGACUGAAAGACUCUAAAAGAAACAGGAAACCUUCAGAAAGUUUGACAUCUUCCUUUAAGAAGAGUUCCCGGUUAAAAAGUGAAAGAGAAGCAGCAGAGCAGAAGAUGGAAGACGAAAAAUAUGAGAAGCUUAUCGUUCAACUGAUUAGAAGAUAUCUACAUUCAAAUGGUUUGAAGGAUUCUGCUGUAGCAUCUGCUUCAAGUCAUCGCUGUUGCUGGAAUAAAAUGAGAGAGAAGAGAAAUAUAAAGCCUACAUCAGAUAAUAUUAUUACAUCUUAACAAGUGAUAACUUUUCUAUCAUCGUAUGAACUGAAUGAAGUAAAAGUGAUAGUUUACGAUGCUAUGAAAUUUUAAAACACUUGGUUACGAAUUCAAAGUAUGAUUUAAAAAGGAAAAACAUCCAAAGCAUUCUCAUGUAAUAAUACCAUACAUAUAUUUUAUUUCUUUUUACUGUAUGAAUGAAGUUUACAAAACAAUCUGAAUAUAUAGAACUCAAAACUGUUCGUAAAUAGCAUCAACAAUGUAAUAUAUCAUAGCAGCUUUAACACGAUUAAACUUUUCAAAUAAAAUAAAAAUAUCAAAAAUAAAUAUUUCGCUUUACGUUUCAUGUUCUAUAAAAUAUUAAAUACAUGCUUUAAUUAUAUUCAAUCAGCACAAAAGUGUAUAAAAUCACAGGGUACUUCUUUGUUAUAUAGGGCUCCGAAACUGAAACAACAAUCAACCGAGCUAUCUCGCCAAAAUCUGGCUGUGUGCUCUUGUAUCUCGCCACGUGAUCAUAUAUUAGCACCGGCUGCGUGUUCUUAUACCUCGACAACGUAAUCGUUCUUUUGCACCAUGUUGCAUUGUUGCUCUUGACGCGUUUCUUACAUGUAUUAGUCAUUUUUGAAUCCGCAUGGUUUAUUAACAAAUAUACUCGUUGCUUUUUUUUUCGUGUGUGUGAAUAUGACAUUAA